AUGUCUGAAAAAAUUAAAAUGGGCAUCGCGGUCGGAUUAUCUUUACCCGAUCCUCCGCCGGAUUCGAAAUAUCCCAUACAAGACCUCAGCGUUGAUUUGGUUCCCGAAAUUAUAACCAAUAAAAAAAAUAUAGACGGCACCGAUCACUUUCUCGUCAAGUGGAAGGAUGUCGAACAACUCUCAUACGUGACAGAGUCCGUUGCAAACGAAAAGUUUUCAAACCUUGUUUAUGAGUUUCAUCGGAGGCACAUUAAAUGGGCCGAGAUUUUAUAG